UGGCCUGUCACUCCCACUCUCCACGGGACUGGGGCAGCUGCCCCCUCCCUGCACACCCGGCACAGAGGGCUGGGGGCUCAACAGCCAACAGGGCCCCAACAUCGGCCACCCUUUGCAGGGUUUUUCAUCGCAGGACGAGAGCUCCAAACACAGCCAUGACAGAGAAGGAAGUGCCAGAGCCACCAGCUUCACCUGCUUCAGGUGGGAAACCCAAGAGCCGGCAGCUACAGAAGCUGAAGCAACUUUUCCAGCGAAAGCCCAAGGAGGAGAUGGCGCCAGAGCCGCAGCCCAAUGGGGAGCUGGUCAGCCCCUCAGGAGGACCCAUCUACUACAUCUAUGAAGAAGAGGAAGAGGAGGAAGAGGAGGAGGAGCCUGAGCCCCCUCCCGAGCCCCAGAAACUUGUCAAUGACAAACCCCACAAGUUCAAAGAUCAUUACUUCAAAAAGCCCAAGUUCUGUGAUGUUUGUGCCCGCAUGAUUGUCCUCAACAACAAAUUUGGCCUGAGGUGCAAGAACUGCAAAACCAACAUCCACCACCACUGCCAGUCCUACGUGGAGAUGCAGCGCUGCUUCGGCAAAAUCCCCCCAGGGUUUCGCCGGGCAUACAGCUCACCCCUCUACAGUGACCAGCAAUACGCCUGUGUCAAGGAGCUGCUCUCGGCAGCUAACAGGAGUGACCCUGUGUUCGAGACACUGCGGACGGGUGUCAUUAUGGCCAACAAGGAGCGCAAGAAAGGGCAGGAUGACAAGAAAAACCUCUCUGCCUUGCAGCCGUUGGCUGCUAUGAUGGAUGAGGAACCAGAGGCCACAAAGCCAGAAGAGGGCAAAACUGAGGGCGGCACCUCUGAAGGGGACAAGAAGACUGAGAAGAGCCCAACAGAUGACAAGAACAAGAAGCCACAGCCAGGGAUUCGUGGUGGCUAUCUGCAGUCUCACUAUUUUGUGGCACUUUAUCGCUUCAAAGCCCUGGAGAAAGAUGACCUGGAUUUCCCGCCAGGGGAGAAGAUCACGGUGGUCGAUGACUCCAAUGAGGAGUGGUGGCGGGGGAAGAUUGGUGAAAAAAUUGGCUACUUCCCUCCAAACUUCAUCAUCCGGGUGCGGGCAGGUGAACGGGUGCACAAGGUGACGCGCUCCUUCGUGGGCAACCGGGAGAUCGGGCAGAUCACGCUCAAGAAAGAUCAGAUCGUGGUGCAGAAGGGUGAGGAGGUGAAUGGUUACGUGAAAGUCUACACUGGCCGCAAAGUGGGGCUCUUCCCCGUGGACUUCCUGCAGGAGAUCUGAGCGGGGCAGAGUCCCAGGGCCCCCCAGCCAGGGGGACGGGUGGACCCUGGCUGCAGAGAGCUGCCAGAGCUGGGCAGGGAUGGGGAUGGGGAUGGCAGGCACCCCCAUCCCUGAUGCCUGCAGCAAUGGGGUCUCUGGCGGGGACCGUCUCCACCAGGACCGGAGCAGGCCGGGGGUGUGGGAGGUGCCUCUUGGGCUGUUUCCCCUGUGGAGUUUUUGGUGCCUUCAGAGACACUGGGUGCAAGGAGGGGGCACUCCCAGACUCACUUUGGAGGCCACCCAGCCCCCCUUGCCUGAGGUGGUGGGUGCUGGGUGCCUCAGGGGUGUCAGUGCGGUCCUGUCCCACUGCUCCGGGCUGUGUAAUCCUGUGUUUUGGCAAUACAUGUCUGCUCCCAACCCC